GUUUUUUUAACCACUUAACCUAUUUUCUGGCUGCUGGUGCUGUUACUUUGGGAAUUGGUUUCUUUGCUUUGGCAUCAGCUUUGUGGUUCCUGAUUUGCAAACGAAGGGAAAUAUCUCGAAAUUCCAAAUUUAAAGCAACUGAUGAGAGAUGCAGGCAAAGACCAUCAAAGAGGAAGAUUAAAUCUCAUUCUCAAAGUGUUUUUAUUUCUCGAAAUUUUCAUACUGGGAAAUUCCAGUUACAGGAGGGGCAAAGAAAAAAGGAAGCAGCACAUAAAAAAGCAAUUAAAGAUCACUCUAAAGACGAUUUCUGUCUUGCAACAAAAAAGGUCAUUUGUGACUCCCCAGAGACUAGCUCAGCAACAAAUUGCAGCAGCUUAUCAACAUUACCACCUGACUCUUACUACAGCCAAAAUAUAGAAACAGCUGAUGACUGGUUUUCUGAUGAUUCUCUAGUGAAAAAGAACUCUUCAAUGCCUUUUCUCAAGGAACCUCUAAUGGAGAAAGUAUUUUCAUACCUGUCUACCAUUUCAUUAGAAGAUUGUACUGAAAAUGCACCGAAUACGACACUUUAUGAUGAUCAAAAAGAUGACAGCACUAAGGAAAUAUUUUCAUGA